AAAAGGAAAAGCUAAAAACGAGGCCAAAAUUCCCUCAUGCAAAACGGAAAAAAGGAAAUUUUAAAAACUCCAAUUUCCGAACGCUAGUAAUUGUGCUGCUUCUCUCUCAUUUGACUCUCUAAAGCGGUUUUCCUCCCCCUCCUCUCUCUUUCUUUCACUGAGAGGGAGAGAGAAAGAGAAACUGUACAAAUUCAGGGAGCGACAUUUUUUUAUUUAAAAAAAAUUUUUAAUCAAAAUAAAUUUGUUUAUUUUGUGUACAUUUUCUCUUGCCUUCUCGGUUUCUCCCAAUAAAUAGACUUUUUGGUUUCUUCAGAAUCAUUUUUAGCUCCUACACUGAAAACCCAUUUGGUUUCCUCUCUUUUUAUGGUGUUUUUUUUAGGGCUUUAUAUAUUUUUUUAGUGUUUCAAAAAUCACAGUCUCAGACAAUACAGAACUAAGACAUUUGAGGGUUAGGUCAUUGAGGUAGACCAAAAGGAAGAAAAUUUUGAGUUUAAAGCAAGAGAGAUGGAGGAAAAUUCUUCAGCAAGUACUGUAGAUGGUGAGAUAGUUGGUAUAGGGUUCUGUUUGGCGACUCCUAGGGAAAUUUUUGCAGCAUCAAUCAGUGGCUUUCCUAUAAACCAUGUUAGUCAGCUCUCAAAUUCCUACCUUGGUCUGCCCCUUGAAUUUGGUAAAUGUAAUGCGUGUGGUACUUCUGAACCUGGUAAAUGUGAAGGUCAUUUUGGAUAUAUUGAAUUACCAAUACCAAUAUAUCAUCCUAGCCAUAUCAGUGAAUUGAAGCGACUGUUGAGUUUGCUGUGCUUGAAAUGCUUAAGAAUGAAGAACAAGUUUCAGAUUAAAAGUGGCAGCAUUUCUGACAGAUUGUUAGCAUCCUGUUGUGAGAAUGCUCCACAAGUUUCAAUCAAAGAGGUUAAAACAACAGAUGGUGCUUGUAGUUUGGAGUUGAAGCAGCCAUCUAGACAAGCAAGGACUUCCUGGGAAUUUUUAGAGAAAUAUGGUUUCCGCUAUGGUGAUCAUCACAACACUCGAACUCUGCUGCCUUGUGAGGUGAUGGAAAUUCUCAAGAGAAUACCUGCAGAGACAAGACGAAAGCUUUCUGGGAAAGGGUUCUUCCCACAGGAGGGAUAUAUUUUGCGGUAUUUGCCUGUUCCUCCCAAUUGUUUGUCCGUACCAGACAUAUCUGAUGGUGUUAGUAUCAUGUCCUCGGAUCUUUCAACAGCAAUGCUGAAAAAGGUUCUGAAGCAAGUUGAGAUCAUCAAAAGCUCACGAUCCGGCACCCCAAAUUUUGAAUCUCAUGAGGUAGAAGCUAAUGAUUUGCAAUCAGCAGUUGAGCAGUAUCUUCAAGUUAGGGGUACUGUUAAAGCAUCUCGCAAUAUAGAUGCACGAUACGGGAUUAGCAAAGAUGCUAGUGAUUCUUCAACGAAGGCGUGGCUGGAGAAAAUGAGAACAUUGUUCAUUAGAAAGGGUUCAGGGUUCUCUUCACGUGGUGUGAUUACUGGUGAUCCAUACAAAAAGGUAAAUGAAAUUGGCAUUCCAUCUGAAAUCGCUCAGAGAAUUACGUUUGAGGAGAGGGUCAACAUGCACAACAUGAGAUAUCUGCAAAAUCUGGUAGAUAACAAGUUGUGUUUGACCUACAGAGAUGGUUCUUCCACAUAUUCGUUGAGGGAGGGUUCGAAGGGGCAUACCUUUUUGAGACCUGGUCAGGUGGUACAUCGGCGAAUUAUGGAUGGGGACAUUGUUUUCAUAAAUAGGCCGCCAACCACACAUAAGCAUUCAUUGCAGGCUCUUUCAGUAUAUGUGCAUGAUGAUCACACAGUGAAGAUAAAUCCCCUAAUUUGUGGCCCAUUAAGUGCUGAUUUUGAUGGAGAUUGUAUUCACCUGUUCUAUCCUCAGUCUUUAGCUGCAAAAGCGGAAGUUUUUGAGCUCUUUUCGGUGGAGAAGCAGUUGCUUAGCUCUCAUAAUGGCAACCUAAAUUUGCAGUUGGCAACUGAUUCGUUGUUGUCACUGAGAGUUAUGCUUAAGACACUUUUGUUUAAAAAGGCAGAUGCUCAACAAUUGUCAAUGUUUCUCUCUUCAGCUUUGCCACAGCCUGCUUUCUUGAAGGGUAACUCUUUUGGCCCUUGUUGGACAGCUUUACAAAUUCUGCAGACUGCUUUUCCUGCCUGCCUAGACUGCUCUGGAGAUAGAUACUUAAUUAGCAAAAGUGACAUAUUGACAGUAGAUUUUAGUAGGGACCUCAUGCAGUCUGUGAUUAAUGAAGUUGUGACAUCUAUUUUCUUUGAGAAGGGUCCUAAAGAGGUUCUCAACUUCUUUGAUUCUCUACAGCCUUUAUUGAUGGAAAAUGUCUUUGCAGAAGGCUUCAGUGUUAGUCUUGAAGAUUUUUCCAUAUCCAGGGAAGUCAUACAAAAUAUUCAGAAGGACAUCCAGGAUAUUUCUCCUUUGCUUUAUCAGUUAAGGUCAACAUAUAAUGAAUUAGUUGGGUUGCAAAUGGAGAAUCACAUCCGAGUAGCAAAAGCACCAGUUGCAAAUUUCAUACUAAAUUCAUCUGCCUUGGGUGACUUAAUUGAUUCUAAGAGUGAUUCAACUGUUAAUAAGGUUGUUCAGCAGAUUGGGUUCUUAGGACUGCAGCUUUCUAAUAAAGGAAAAUUCUAUUCGAAGACUCUGGUUGAAGAUGUGGCAUACCAAUUUCAAAGCAUAUAUCCUUCUGAUGGAGUUGAUUAUCCUUCUGCUGAGUUUGGACUAAUCAAGAGCUGCUUUUUCCAUGGGCUGGAUCCGUAUGAGGGGAUGGUUCAUUCAAUCUCUACUAGAGAAGUCAUUGUUCGCUCCUCGAGAGGAUUGUCUGAACCUGGGACCUUGUUUAAGAAUUUGAUGGCCAUUCUUCGUGAUGUUGUUAUUUGUUAUGAUGGCACAGUUAGAAAUAUCAGUAGCAAUUCAAUAAUUCAAUUUCAAUAUGGGUUGAAUGCUAGAACUAAACCUCAAUUCCCUGCUGGUGAACCUGUGGGUGUCUUAGCUGCUACUGCGAUGUCAAAUCCAGCAUAUAAAGCAGUUCUUGAUUCAACACCUAGCAGCAAUUCUUCUUGGGAACUGAUGAAGGAAAUAUUGCUUUGCAAAGUCAGUUUCAAAAAUGACCUAGUUGACCGCCGUGUGAUUCUGUAUUUGAAAGAUUGUGAUUGUGGGAGAAAGUAUUGUCAAGAGAAUGCAGCAUAUCUGGUUAAGAAUCAUUUGAGAAAAGUCAAACUGAAGGAUACUGCAGUAGAGCUCAUCUUUGAAUACAAGCAACAACAAACUGUAUCAGAAAGUGAAGCAGGCCUUGUUGGUCACAUUCUCCUCAAAAAGGCCGUAUUGAAAGAGUUAAAUAUUAGCAUGCAAGAGGUUCAUAUGAAGUGCCAAGAAACUAUUAUUUCCUUUCGUAAGAAGAAAAAGACUGCUGAUACUUUUAAGAGGACAGAUUUGUUUUUCAGCGAAUGUUGUUCUAUACAGCAAUCCUGUGGGGGCAAGUGGCUUGACAUGUCAUGCUUGAUGUUCUUUUGCCGAAAUACAAAAGAUGAUCAUCUAGAUUGUACUUUACAAGACCUGGUUGACAUCAUCUACCCUGUUCUUCUAGAAACAGUAAUCAAGGGUGACCCCCGUAUCUGUUCGGCAAAUAUUAUAUGGGUUAGCCCAGAUACAACAACUUGGAUAAGAAGCCCUAGCAAGACUCAGAAGGGUGAAUUGGCUUUGGAUGUUGUUCUGGAAAAAUCUGCUGUGAAGCAGAAUGGUGAUGCCUGGAGGACUGUCAUAGAUUGUUGUCUUCCAGUAAUAAAUUUAAUUGACACCCAGAGGUCUAUACCUUAUGCAAUAAAGCAAGUUCAGGAAUUGCUUGGAAUUUCUUGUGCUUUUGAACAAGCAGUACAGCGUCUCUCGACUUCAGUGUCAAUGGUGGCAAGAGGUGUUCUGAAAGAACACCUUAUCCUCUUAGCAAACAGCAUGACAUGUGCUGGAAAUUUGAUUGGCUUCAACUCUGGUGGUUAUAAAGCACUAUCUCGCUCGUUGAAUAUUCAAGUGCCAUUUAGUGAAGCAACGCUGUUUACACCAAGAAAGUGCUUCGAGAGAGCUGCUGAGAAAUGUCACGUUGAUUCCUUGUCAAGCAUUGUUGCAUCCUGUUCUUGGGGUAAACAUGUGGCUGUUGGAACAGGAUCAAGGUUUGAUGUCCUAUGGGAUCGGAAGGAGGUUGGAUUUGAUCAAAAGAGUGGAAUAGAUGUCUACAACUUUCUGCACAUGCUCAGUAGUGCUAGUGGUCCAAGUUCUACUACUACUUGUCUAGGAGAAGAAGUUGAUGAUCUAAUGGACGUGGACAACAUGGCGGAAUGGAGCUUGUCUCCAGAACAUAGCAAUGGUUUGGAUAAGCCUGUGUUUGAGGAUGCGGCUGAUUUUGAGAAUGAUUUAGACUUUCAGCCAGCUGAGUCAAGUUGGGAGAAAGGUGUGUCUUUAGACAAGGUGUCCAGUUGGGAUGUGUCAUCCGCAUGGAAUAAAAAGGCUGAGGAUGGUGACAAAUUUGCAGCAGCUUUGACCAGUACAACGAAGCAAAGUGACUGGUGUGAUUGGGGAACAAGCAAAUCUAAAACACAAGAUGCUGCAGCAGCUGCGACCAGUACAACAAAGAAAACGGAGUGGUGUGAUUGGGGGACAAGCAAAUCUAAGACACAGGAAGUUGCAGCAACUGUGACUGGUACAGCGGAGCAAAAUGAGUGGUGUGAUUGGCGGACAAGUAAAUCUAAAAUACAAGUUGUUGCAGCAGCUGUGACGAGUACAACGAAGCAAUCUGAGUGGGGUGAUUGGGGGACAAGCAAAUCUAAAACACAAGAUGUUGCAGCAGCUGUGACCGGUACAAUGGAAACUGAGUGGGGUGAUUGGGGGAAAGGCAAAUCUAAAACACAAGAUGUCUCUCCGAAAGUGGAUGGAACUUGUGUGAAUGAGCAAACUAAACUGUCUGAUUGGGGACUGAAAAAGAAUGAUACACAAGAUGUCCCUAUGGAAGAGAAAACCUUCAAGUCCAAUGGUGCGGACACUGGAACUAGUUGGGGAACAAUGGGAAAAGAAUCUGAAAAACCUGAUGCUAAUGAUGCACUGCCAUGGUCUGGUUGGGGAACACAAGAUGUCAUUCCUACAAAAACCUUGGACGAUUCUUCCAAAUCUAGUGGCUGGGAACAACAAAAGUCACCAGAAUGUUCACAAGGUUGGGGCUCCCUUGAUGAGUCAAAUCAACCAGCAAGUUCAAAUGGCUGGGAUACACCAAAUGGUUUGGGUAGCACUCAAAGUGAAAAACAGCAUCAGUGGGGACAGUCUAGGGGCUCACGUCGUUGGGCUUCAGAUGCUAGUAAGAAGAAUCAUCCUGUGAAGUCAGCUCGAGUGAUGAAUGAUGAUUCCAGUAUGGCUGCAAUGUACACUGCUACAAGACAAAGAUUAGACAUGUUUACUUCUGAGGAGCAAGAUAUUCUCUCAGAUGUUGAGCCACUGAUGCAGUCAAUCAGAAAAAUAAUGCACCAGUCUGGGUACAACGAUGGGGAUCCACUGUCAGCGCUUGAUCAGUCAUUUAUACUAGAGAAUGUUUUCACUCACCAUCCAGACAAAGCAAUCAAAAUGGGUGCCGGUGUUGAUUAUGUCAUGGUAAGCAAGCACAGCAAUUUCCCAGAUAGCAGGUGCUUCUAUGUUGUCUCAACUGAUGGUCGAAAACAAGAUUUCUCAUACCGCAAGUGUCUGGACAACUUCAUCAAGGGGAAAUAUCCUGAUAUGGCAGAUGUUUUUAUUGCAAAAUAUUUCAGAAAACCUCGUUUUGGAGGAUUUCGUGAGCGAAGUGUUGCUCCAGAGAAUACCGAAGGGGAGAAUAGGAAGUAGACUUCAGUCUCUUGAGGUGUUAAUAUCACUCACAAAGGUUUAGUUAGACACUUGGUUCAUUCCUGACAUCCGCUUCUUUUCAUUUGUACAUAAUAAGCCGAUGUUAAGUGUAUUUACAUCCCUCCAAAACUCACCUUGCACAUAUGCCAACAUGAACUGCCGUCUUUUUCCACAAAUGAGCAGUUCAUUUUGUUCUUGUUAGUAGUGGUUCGACGGCAGCCUGCUAAUUUCUCACAGAUAAGAUAGGGGAAUAGAUGGAAAGCCAUUGUUCUCAGACAUGAGUUAUAAAUUCUAAUGUCUAAUCCAUUGAUCGCAUUCUGCUUUCUAUGUUUCUAGACAUAAAUUUAGCCAUCGUAUCCGUUA